AUGGCUAUUACCAAGGUUUUGAUGGUGGCAGAAAAGCCAACCGUGGCCAAAGGAAUUGCUCAAAUCCUUGCGCCUGGCUGCCGGCGGGAGGCUACCAAUUGCACCUACGUGGGGCUCUGGGACUUUAAUAUAAAGAUUGAAGGCCGCCCUUGCAACGUGAAACUCACCUCCGUGCUUGGCCAUUUGAUGACAUGGGAGUUUAAAGAUGCCUAUCGUGGCUGGCACAGCUGUGCGCCCCAGGAGCUGUUUGACGCACCACUUCAGCAUGUGGUCAACGAUCGUCCUGGCGAGACCAAUUGCGCCACGAUCAAGACCUUGCUGCAAAAGUACGCACGCACCUGCGAUUGGCUGAUCAUUGCCACAGACAACGACCGCGAGGGUGAGAACAUUGGAUUUGAAAUCAUCGAGGUCUGCCGGCGAGUAAACCGCAACCUUGAUUGCAAGCGCAUGAAGUUUUCAGCCGUAACGCCGGGAGAAAUCAACGGCUGCUUGACUCGCCUGGUGCCUCCUGACCAACGAGCUUCGCAAGCGUGCGUGGCUCGACAAGAACUGGAUCUUCGCAUCGGCGCCAUUUUCACUCGAUUCCAGACGCUGCGGCUUCAGGCCCUCUACCCCGCGCGCUUUGGUCGCGAAGCACGCAAGCAACCCAUUAGCUAUGUUUUACACCAGGAGCAGAGCGAGGCGGGUGAUGACUACAAUGUCGAGUUCUCUUGGCACCGGGGCCGUGUCUUUGAUGAGCAAGUGGCUGGUGUUUUGGCAGAUCGCUGUGAACCCGAGGCGGCGCGUGUGGUCGAUGUGCAAUCUCGCCAGCGCAGCAAAUAUCGGCCGGUUGGUCUUACUACCACGGAAAUGCAAAAAAUCGCGUCGCGCCGCUUCAAGAUUGCCCCUGCGGAUUCGCUUAGCGCUGCCGAAAAGCUGUACCAGCAAGGUAUUUUGAGUUACCCACGCACGGAAACGAACAAAUUCGACUCGAGCAUAGACUUGCGCCCGAUGGUGGAGGUAUUCGCACAGCACAGUCUCUACGGGGCGUUUGCCUCCUCACUCCUCGAGGGGCAGGGGCCAACGCCCCGGAAUGGAAAUAAAUCCGAUGAGGCCCAUCCACCGAUUCAUCCGACCAAGAGCGUGAACAACCUUUCGGGGCGCGAGCAGCAAAUUUACGAUCUCGUCACGCGUCAUUUCUUGGCAUGCUGCUCACGCGAUGCCCGAGGCGAGGAGACCACGGUCACGGUGCACAAGGGCGAUGAAGUGUUUACGGCAAAGGGAUUGGUCAUCCGCGACCGCGGAUACCUGGAGAUUUAUCAUCCCUACGACAACUGGGGCGGCAAGGUUGGCUUUUCGAAAAAGAUCUGGCCCGGUCAAAGCUUUGGCUACAUGCGUCAGAAGGAAGGAGACGAUGGGAUGCUUCCCCCCUACACUGUGGGCCAAGAACUGCCCGCAAACUGCGAGGUGUUGGUGGGCGAAACUUCCGCGCCCGCCCUGUUGACCGAGGCCGAUCUCUUGUCUCUGAUGGCCCGAUAUGAGAUUGGAACAGAUGCGACCAUGGCCGAGCACAUCAAAAAUAUCCUAGAGCGUGAAUAUGUUUGCAAACAAGAAGCGGGGCAGUCGCUCGUGCCCACCACCCUCGGCAUUGCGCUGGUCAACGCCUAUGACGACAUGAGUUUUGAAAUAUCCGUGGCUCGCCCGGACUUGCGACGCGAGAUGGAGGCAGACAUGCAGCGAGUGUGUGCUGGGGAGCGCAGCAAGGCACAGGUAGUGGCCCGUGUCAUCAGUCAGUAUCGCGAGGUCUUCCAGGUCGUGUGCCGAGAGAUGGAUCGUUUUGACAAUGCCUUUGUCCAUCAAUUUGGGGAAGCCAGUGGCGCGCCUCCAAUGGUAUCAGGCGAGGCGUGGCGCACUUGCCCCGAAUGCAAAAAAGCUGCCCAGGCAUUCAAGACUACAAAGGACAAGAAGUGGCUGCUAUCAUGUCGCGGCUAUCCCAAGUGUCGCGCAUCGCAAUGGCUGGACAAUUGCCAAAGCAUUAGCGUGCUGGACCGCCACUGUACUCGCUGUCAUGAGCGGCUCGUGCGCAUCGAAUUCCGAGCAGGCGCUUUACCCGCCUAUUUGCACGUGGAUGGAUCUUCAGUGCACGAGGGCUGUUUGUGCUGCAGCGAGCCCAUUGUCAAUUUUGCCAAUAGUCGUGGCCCGCUUCAGAUCCGGCCGUCUGGCGGUCACUCCAACAGGUCUGAUCAUAGCGGUGGCGGUGGCGGCAGUGGAGGAGGUGGUGGCAGUGGAGGAGGAGGUGGUGGCGGCGGCAGUGGCGGAGGAGGAGGAAGCAAUGUUCGGUCCCAUGCACUCGGACCAGUGCAAUCGGGCAUCAGUCGCAACCGAGGCAUCAGGGCGCAAGGCUUCAAUGGCGAUGAUGAUGAUGAUGAAGAUGAUGAAGCGCUGCUGGCAGCCAUGGAUGAGUUUGGGGCGAACCAAUCAAGCUCCACCAAUCGACCCCUGCAAAGUUACGAUGCGGUGCCAGCAGCAGCGACGGCCACUCCGCCCGAAGACGUUCCUUGCUUUUGUGGCGUACCAGCCCUCCGUCUCACGGCAGCAACGCAAGCCAACGCAGGGCAAAGCUUUUUCUCGUGUGUCAAUCGGACGGACGGGUGCAAUUUCUUUUCGUGGGUGGACCCUAGUUUGAAUCGACAGGGCGGUGGUGCUAGCACUGCUGGCGGCGGUGGUGAUGCUUCGGGACAGUGUUGUAAUUGCGGUCAGCCAGCUGUGACGCGCACGGUCCGCAAAGAGGGCCCAAACCAAGAUGCUCCCGAGGACUUUCAGCGCGCCCAGUCGAGCAACUACUCCACCCAACACCGGGGUGGCGGUGGCAGCGGCGGUGGCGGCGGCGGAGGACGGCGACCGGCCGAUCGUAGUUCCAUGGAAUGCUACAACUGCCAUCAGACGGGCCAUUUUGCUUCCUCCUGCCCAAAAGUAGCUACGGGUGGUCCAAUCAAAGCCCGCAGCGGCGGGGCCGCCUCUGGCACUAUGAGCUGUCACAAAUGUGGCCAGGUUCAUCUAGUGCAGCGGCUGGCCAAUCAAGUCGAGGUGGCAGCGGCCAAGGUGGCUGAACUGGCCUCACGCGCUGACUUGGAGUUGUUUCGGGACGAGGUUCAGAUAUUGUCGACGCGGCGACACAUGAACAUUACGCAGCUGGUCGAAUGCUUUCUGUUCAAUUCCAAAGAGCUCUGGAUUGUGAUUGAGCUGUGUGAAGGGGGAUCACUCAAUGACCUUCUGCAGCGUCACCAGCGCAAUCUGAGCGAGCACGAGGUGGCGCCAAUUGCCUGGCAGACUCUUGCUGGCCUCGACUUUCUGCACAGCAAUAAUGUUAUGCAUCGUGACAUCAAUGGCAGCAACGUCAUGGUAUCCAAGCUGGGCAUGAUCAAGAUUGGCGACUUUGGUGUGUCGGCCAUUCUGCGCAAUCCCACGGACACACGGACAUCCUUUAUCGGGAGUCCCAAUUGGAUGGCGCCUGAGGUUGCUCGCUGCGAGAAUAGCAAGGGGUCCUAUACGGUCAAGGCGGAUGUGUGGUCUACGGGGGCCAUGUUUAUGGAGCUUGUGCAAGGCCGGCCCCCUUACGCAGAUCUCAAUGCCGUUAAGGUGAUCAUCAAGCUCAGCACAUCACCCAAACCACCACCACUGGACCAGCCAGGGGCCUUUAGCUCUGCAUUUCAAGAGUUUUUGGCGUGUGCCAUGACCGUCGACGCCGCGCGCCGACCGACGGCCCAGGAACUGCAGGCCCAUGUCUACUGCAAACUUUGUAACGGUUUUCUGUUUGAGAGAGAGAGAGAGCGAGAGAGAGAGAGAGAGAGAGAUAGAGAUAGAGAUAGAGAAAGAGAUGAUCACAAUCAAGAACUAAGAGAGACAGUCUGUUUGGGAGAAGUUUCAUUGAGGCCAAACAACGAUGAUCAGAGAUUGUAUCCGACGCUGGAAGCAACACCGCUGUGCUGGCGUCUCACCUUCAGCGACUUUGUGUUCUUGACUCUUGUCUUUUGGGAUGCUUUUGCAGGGACUCGACCGCCGCCACGACACCGCGGCUCAUCCCUUUCUAUCGGCCUCUUUGUACAACCGACCAGCUAUGCCGUGGCGCAGCAACGGACCAUGUUGAUCAAGUACGCCAAGGACACCCGCUACGGCAUUGAUGGCGUCAUCACUCACGAUCAUCAACGAUCCACGGCCAAGGCCUGCUCGUCUCUCGCGGAGGUGGAAGAUUCAGCCAUGGAUUACGAUGUCAUUGGCAUUGACGAGGGCCAAUUCUUCCCCGACCUCGUCAACUUUUGUGAAGAAGCUGCCAACCAAGGCAAAACAGUGAUUGUGGCCGCGCUUGACGGAACCUUCCAGCGCAAGCCCUUUCCCAACGUCAUGGAACUUAUCCCCUUGUCCGAGGCCGUCGACAAGCUGCAGGCCGUCUGUGUGCGCUGCUUCAAGGAUGCCUCCUUCUCCAAGCGCCUCGGCACAGAAACUCAGGUCGAGGUGAUUGGCGGUUCGGACAAGUAUGUGGCCGUGUGUCGUGAAUGUUACUUUAAGACAGACCCGCAAACCCCAACCGCCCCCAGCUCUCCUCCGAUGGCAUUCGCCGUCUCAAUUUUGACUAAGCCAAGAGGCUGUCUUGGUGUCCUCAUUUUUAAUGUCGAGCCGCGACAUCUGGUGGACGCCAGAGCGCUGUUAUGA